GCAGGAAGAGAGCAAGGUACAGAGCUGACACCAGGGCCCACGCACUGCAAAAUGCAAGACGCUGCCUCCUGCAUUGUGACCCAGGGAGCUGAGCAGCUGCCGCUUCCCCAUGGAAGUCUGUGCUGGGGAGAGACCUUCCUUCAUGCUCCUUCUGCACCCUGCCAAGUGGGGGGGACUUUCUCCAGCUGGAUCUAGCCCCCUAGGGCAGCCCUGGGCUUUACCAGCAUCAGCCCUUGAGCCGGAGACUCCAGGCUGCAGUAUGACGCCCACGUCUCGCUCCAGCUCAUCCCAUCCGCCCAUGGGCCUGGGAAGAGAAAUGGCUGCAGAGGAGCCAGUUCAGGGGCCGGUGACCUUCGAGGAGGUGGCUGUGUAUUUCACCAGGGAAGAGGGGGCUCUGCUGGAUCCCACUCAGAGAGCCCUCUACAGGGAUGUCAUGCAGGAGAACUAUGAGAAUGUGACCUCGCUGGCAGGGUUUUCAGUCUCCAAACCUGAUAUGAUCUCCCAGCUGGAACAAGGAGAGGAGCCGUGGGUCCUGGAUCUCCAGGGUUUAGAGGAAAGAGAGAUCCUGACAGGUGCCUGCACAGAUGAAGGAUCAUUAAACCAAUACGCAGGUGCUUGGAAGGUGAGUGAGAACAAGGAGCAGAAUCCUCAGCAGGAAGAUGCUGAGCAAGUGGAAGGGCAUGGGGCAUUAUCGCAAAGACCCAGAGCGAGCCUGUUCAGAAGCCAUGAGCAGGGAAAAGCCGGUGAGAGUCAGUGCAGGCCAGAGAGGCUGCAGAGAAACCAGCCAAGGGAAAACGGGGAUAAAUCCAUUAACUGUCAGGGAAUUCACAAGGACCUCAAGGAAACCACAGCCCAGCAGAGACUCCCCACAGGAGAGAGAAACAACACAUGUGCUGAGUGUGGGAAAACCUUCAGUUGCCGUUCUGGCCUCAUUAAGCAUCAGAGAAUCCACACAGGGGAGAGACCCUUUGAAUGCGGUGAGUGUGGGAAAACCUUUGUUCGGAACUCACACCUUGUUACGCAUCAGAGAAUCCACACCGGGGAGCGACCCUACGAAUGCUGCGAGUGCGGGAAAAGCUUCAGCGACAGCUCAGCCCUUGUUACGCAUCGGAGAACCCACACGGGAGAGACGCCCUACGAGUGCCUGGAGUGCGGGAAAAAUUUCACUCGGAGCUCCAACCUUAUUAUGCACCAGCGAAUCCAUACAGGAGAGAGACCCUACGGAUGCUAUCAGUGCGGGAAAACCUUCGCUCGGCGGUCGAACCUGAUUAGACAUCAGAGGAUCUAUACAGGCGAGGGUCCCUAUAUAUGCGCUGAGUGUGGGAAAACAUUCCAUCAGAGCUCGGCCCUUGUUUAUCAUCAGAGAAUCUGCAAAGGAGAUCAACACUGCGAAAACCCUGUCUAGGGCUGGCAAAAGAGGGGGUUUUUUUGGUCCUCUAACACUUGUUAAUUCCCACAUAUUGACCUUUAAGCUAUUUGGCCCCUUUGCUUCACCGUGUUCUCUCAGCUCCCCUAGGCAAGUUAUCUGUUUUUGCCUUCUGCCGUUUGCCCUUUUCUGGGGUAAAUCCUGUGGUCCUGUCUCUCAAUUCCAUUGUCCUUUGAGUCUUGGAAGUGUGUGUCCAUCAGCCCCAGAUGGGAGAGAGGGGGGUGACUUCAGCUAACUAAAUCUACGUGGACCUCAUGUCCCCCAGGCCAGUGGUUCUCAAGAUUUAUUUUCUUUUCACGAACCACUUGAAAAUUGCUGAAGGUCUCGGCAGACCACGUAAUGGUCUUUCCAAAUGUUGUUGGAAAGCACUUUGGAUAAAAGUGCUAUAUUAAAAAAACCAAUAGUAAUGAAAGUUUUUUUGUUCUACAAAUAAA